UUUUUUUUUAAUUUUUUAUAUAUGCAAUAUGAUAUGUAUCGGAGGAGGAUGAUAUGUAGAGGGGGUGAAGAACAUAGAGUCAGAGACCAGAAUCGAAGAAAAAGAAGGGAAUCAUGGAUUCUUAUAUGUGGCACAAAAUUGCUGCAAUAUCUGGUGUAGCUGCUCUUGGAUUGGGCACUUAUGGUGCCCACGGAUUCAAGCCCAAGAACCCUACAUACAAAGAGGUUUGGCACACUGCAUCACUAUAUCACUUGGUUCACACAGCAGCUCUUGUUGCUUCUCCUAUUACCAAACGACCCCACAUUUUUGGAGGGCUUUUGACAGCCGGUAUUGUUGCAUUUUCUGGGUCAUGUUACACAGUUGCAUAUCUUGAAGACAGAAAGUAUUCUAAGGUAGCACCAUUUGGUGGUUUUGCAUUUAUUGCUGCCUGGGCCAGUCUGUUGUUUUAGAAUCUCUUUUCUGUUCUUUUCCCAUGUAACACUAACACUAGAGUGACUUUGAUGCAGCCUUCAUAUUACUACGUAUGUAAAAUAAAAUUGAAAUUCCUAAGCCAUUCCACCCAAAGGGUGUAUUGCAUACUUGCCUUUGAAUCUGACUUUGUUGAACAUUUUGUAACCAAUGGCCAAAAGUUUGAAUUCAUGGUGCAGUACGGCAGUUUGCCACUGUAAUGGAUGCCACUUUCAAUUUGCUCAAGUUCUCAUUGUAAAUUAACAGACUCGAUAAAGAUUACAAACCUUGUAACUGAA